GCUGCUCUCUAGCGGCAAAGCAAUGGAAUGAAAUCUCAGUGCACGACACGUCAUAUGAGCUCGAAAAGUGAAUUUUGUGCAAUUUUCCAGAAGCAUUUUCCAAGCAAUUGAAUGUUCCAAAUUGUGUGAGAUAUCCUCAAAAUACUGCUUAAUAGUGUAAAGAUUGAGUGUGUCUAGUGAAAAAAUGGCUCAGAAUCCCUCAAAAGCCGAUAUCGAGACGCUUUUCAAUCGUCUCAGAGCUCUUGCCACCAACAAAAGUUGCUUUGACUGUGGCCAGAAGAAUCCUACUUGGGCCUCAGUGACGUAUGGUGUGUUCAUCUGCAUCGAUUGUUCAGCUGUUCAUCGAAGUCUGGGAGUUCAUUUGACAUUCGUGCGCUCCACGAAUCUGGACACCAACUGGACAUGGAUCCAAUUGCGUCAGAUGCAACUGGGAGGGAAUGCAAGUGCCGGGCAGUUCUUCAGGCAGCACAAUUGCAAUACAACGGACGCCCAGCAAAAGUACAAUUCACGGGCAGCUCAGCUGUAUCGAGACAAAUUGGCCUCAGCAGCUCAACAGGCCAUGAAGAUUCAUGGGAAUCGGCUCAAUGUGGAGGGCGGUGUUGAGAUGAAGGAGGACAAGGAGGAGGAGGAUUUCUUUGCGGAUUGCACAACAAAUGGAAAUACCGAGACCCAGGAAGAUUUUACUGACAAUACCACAAGGAAGUUCGAUGAACCCCCACCAGCGGCGACGCCAGCAAGCGUUUCCUCAGCCAAGGCAGCAGAGGAGAAUGUUGGCGCUCCCAGUGUGGACUUUCUCAAUUCGACAGUGCCUAUUGAAGCGCCCAAAUCGACAAUUGGAGUGAGGAAGAUUCAGCCAAAGAAGGCUGGAAUUGGCGGAGCGAAAAAGGGAGGCCUAGGGGCCACGAAAGUCAAGACAAACUUUGCAGACAUUGAGCAGAAGGCCACUCUUGCGGAUCAGCUGAAAGAAGCCCCAGUUGUUCCGGAGAAGAAACUGACGGCUGAGGAGGAGGCUGAAGCCAUUGCAAGUGUGAGAUUGGCCUAUCAGGAUCUGUCGGUGCAGAAAACUCGUGAGGAGGAACGCAUUAAGGCAACAGAUCCAGCUAAGGCGAAGCAGAUGGAGCGCCUGGGAAUGGGAUUUGCAGGCAGAAGUGCAGUUUCGCAUUCAGCUGUAAAUGAUAUGAAGACACUGAGUGAGGAGAAGGCACCAACAAAAGCCAAAAGUCGUAGUUUCUUCGAUGCAGACGCCAACGACGGAGGCUUCUUUGAUGAUCUACUGCCAAUGUAUUCCACCAAUAUGAUUGUUAGCGGAAAGUCAUCGUCCAGGAAAGAGGAGAAGAAUGACGAUUGGACUAUUAUUAAUUCAAGUGACGCUGUGGAUCCUAUCGAUGGCGAUCGUCCAGUAAUUCACACGAUGUUUAUGCAGCAACCCACAAAGGCAUCACCCACAGUAACUCCCAAACUGCCGACUGGUGUUAAGGCGUACGAAAAUGACGAGGCUCAGAAGAAGUUUGGAGGCGCCAAGGCAAUCUCAUCUGAUCAAUUUUUCGGCAAUGAAUCUGGGUCGAGUUUCGAGAGGUCAGCGAACUUGGCACGCUUCCAGGGGUCCAGCAGUAUCUCCUCUGAAGACUUUUUCGACGAUGGAACGGGAAGGAAUCAAAAUCGUGGAGGAGGCUCAAGGAUGAGAAGUGUGGAUAUCCGGGGACCAAAUCUCGAUGAUGUGAAAGAGAGUGUUCGUCAGGGAGUAACGAUGGUCGCUGGAAGGCUGAGUACACUGGCUAAUGAGAUGAUGACCACGAUUCAGGACAAAUACGGUGGAUAGGGAUCAGCUGAUGAUGGGGGACUGAAGGAGACAACUACGGUAGGAAAAAAUAAUUUACAAUUAAUGCAUCAUGCAAGUGAGAUGAUUUAGACGAGAUAUUUUAUGUAAUUUUUUUUGUGGGAGGGUUGGGAUAUUAUUGAUGUUUUUAUCUUUAGGCGAUGACAAAAGAAAAACUAAUUAUUAUAAAGAAGAAGAAGUAAAAAAAAAAAUAAGUAGAAAGAUUUAAAAGCAAAAGAGAGAGAGAGAAAGUAAUCCCAGUUGGGAGCUAUGUAUAUGAAUUCCGCAUGAUCUUAAGAAGAGAGAGAAAAAAAAGGAAAUCUUUGAAGGUGGCAUUUUCUUUUAGUGCCCGGAAAAAAAAUAUAGAUAUUUGAAUAAAUAAUACGAAUGAGUCGUUUUAUCCACGA